GGGAGGGCGGGGCGGGCCGAAGGGAAAGGAGGUGGGGAGGUACUGGCCCGCCACUCUCCUAGCCUCGCUCGCGCCCUGGCCCUUCCCGGGCGCUCGGCCUCUUUCCUUCCCUCCUCCGCUCGCCCCGUCUUCCGUGAGUGCCGAGCGCUGCGCUCGGCCGGCGUGCCUCGCGCCCUAACGGGCGGCCGGGGGCGCCAAUCAGCAGGCGGCAGGGUGCCAGCCCCGGGGCUGCGCCGGCGAAUCGGCUGGGCUCGCGGCCCGGGGUGGGAGGCGGGUCUACCGCGCGGCCGCGGCGGCGGAGGAGCAGCUCCCAGCCAGCAGCCAGCGAGCGCCGAGCGAGGCGCCCGGAGGUUAGGUAAAGGAGGAUAUUUUCUUAGCGUGGAUUGCUGCCAUUGGUAAGAACAUGUCGUCCAUCUUGCCGUUCACUCCGCCAGUUGUAAAGAGACUGCUGGGAUGGAAGAAAUCAGCUGGUGGGUCUGGAGGAGCAGGUGGAGGAGAGCAGAAUGGACAGGAAGAGAAGUGGUGUGAGAAAGCAGUUAAAAGUUUGGUGAAGAAGCUAAAGAAAACAGGACGAUUAGAUGAGCUUGAGAAAGCCAUCACCACUCAAAAUUGUAAUACUAAAUGUGUUACCAUACCAAGCACUUGCUCUGAAAUUUGGGGACUGAGUACACCAAAUACGAUAGAUCAGUGGGAUACAACAGGCCUUUACAGCUUCUCUGAACAAACCAGGUCUCUUGAUGGUCGUCUUCAGGUAUCUCAUCGAAAAGGACUGCCACAUGUUAUAUAUUGCCGAUUGUGGCGCUGGCCUGAUCUUCACAGUCAUCAUGAACUCAAAGCAAUUGAAAACUGCGAAUAUGCUUUUAAUCUUAAAAAGGAUGAAGUAUGUGUAAACCCUUACCACUACCAGAGAGUUGAGACACCAGUUCUGCCUCCCGUGUUAGUGCCGCGGCACACUGAAAUCCUGACAGAACUCCCGCCUCUGGAUGACUAUACCCACUCCAUCCCAGAGAACACUAACUUCCCAGCGGGGAUCGAGCCACAGAGUAAUUAUAUCCCAGAAACGCCACCUCCUGGAUAUAUCAGUGAAGAUGGAGAAACAAGUGAUCAACAGUUGAACCAAAGUAUGGAUACAGGAUCUCCAGCAGAACUAUCUCCUACUACUCUUUCCCCUGUUAAUCAUAGUUUGGAUUUGCAGCCAGUUACUUACUCAGAACCUGCAUUUUGGUGUUCAAUAGCAUAUUAUGAAUUAAACCAGAGGGUCGGAGAGACCUUCCAUGCAUCACAGCCCUCACUCACUGUAGACGGCUUCACAGAUCCAUCAAAUUCAGAGAGGUUCUGCUUAGGUUUACUCUCCAACGUCAACCGAAAUGCUACGGUAGAAAUGACAAGAAGACAUAUAGGGAGAGGAGUGCGCUUAUAUUACAUCGGUGGGGAAGUGUUUGCUGAGUGCCUAAGUGAUAGUGCAAUCUUUGUGCAGAGCCCCAACUGUAAUCAGAGAUAUGGUUGGCACCCGGCAACCGUGUGUAAAAUCCCACCAGGCUGUAAUCUGAAGAUCUUCAACAACCAGGAAUUUGCUGCUCUUCUGGCUCAGUCUGUUAAUCAGGGUUUUGAAGCCGUGUACCAGCUAACUAGAAUGUGCACCAUAAGAAUGAGUUUUGUGAAAGGGUGGGGAGCAGAAUACCGAAGGCAGACGGUAACAAGCACUCCUUGCUGGAUUGAACUGCAUCUGAAUGGACCCCUACAGUGGUUGGACAAAGUAUUAACUCAGAUGGGAUCCCCAUCAGUGCGUUGCUCAAGCAUGUCAUAAAGCUUCGUCACCAAUGAAGUCCCAUCAAAAGACUUAAUGUAACAACUCUUCUGUCAUAGUAUUUGUGUGUGGUCCCCAUGGACUUUUGACUAUCGGAAAAUUCAAGAGAGAAAACAGCACUUGAGGUCUCAUCAAUUAAAGCACCUUGUGGAGUCGGUUUCCUAUAUUCGAAUAUUAGAUGGGAAAAUUAGUGUCUAGAAAUACCCUCCCAUAAAGGAGGAAGAGAAGAUUUUAAAGACUUACUGAUGUCUUGUUGGGCAUAAAACUGAGUGUCCCAAAGGUUUAUUAAUAACAGUAGUAGUUACGUGUACAGGUAAUGUAUCAUGAUCCAGUAUCACAGUAUUGUGCUGUUUAUAUACACUUUUAGUUUGCAUCAAUUAGGUGUGUGUGUGCUGCUUCUUGAUUUAGGCAAGCCUUUAUAAAGUUACAGUACCUAAUCUGUUAUUCCCACUUCUCCGUUAUUUUUGUGUGUCUUUUUUAAUAUAUAAUAUAUAUCAAGAUUUUCAAAUUAUCAUUUAGAAGCAGAUUUCCCUUGUAGAAAAACUAAUUUUUCUGCCUUUUACCAAAAAUAAACUCUUGGGGGAAGAAAAGUGGAUUAACUUUUGAAAUCCUUGACCUUAAUGUGUUCAGUGGGUCUUAAACAUUCAUUCUUUUUGUGUUUGUUUAUUUACUGCUAAAUCUCAUUAUAAGGAAACCUUGCCAAAAGAAAAUCUUUCCAAACAACUUCAUUCCCACUUUUGUCCUGAUACCACAACAGCAUAGCAUGGCAGCCAUCACCGCAGUGGUUGCACUGAUACUGCCAGCACCAGUUAAUUCUGGGUACAGUAAGAAUUCAUAGGGAGUAUGCCCCUUUGUCUUACACCAACUUUCAACGGAUAAUAAUUGACUUGUGUGACGUAGCAGUCUAUUGAUUUAUCCUUACACCUCAUAAAAAAAAAUCCACAGGUGGCACUAUAAUUAUUUUCAGGGAUAUGCUACAAUUGUUGCAGUGUAUUUAUCCUUUUUUAAACCCCAGUCUAUAGAUAUAAACACUCUUUUUUAAAAGGUAUUUUAAGAUAUUGCAGUGGCAGACCUUGUGCUCUUUGAUUUGAGUAGUUUCAUUUGAUUUAGUUACCAGAUUGUAUUAUGAAAUGGACCUUUUAUAAAUGUAAUUGCUUCUGCAAAAUACCUAGAAAAGUGAUGCUGAGGUAUGAUCAGCAAAUAACGACCAUCUGUUUUUAAAGUAUGUUGUAUUCAAUUUAUAAAAUCUGUGAUUUUACAUGAUUACAAAUUCAGAAUUUUAAAAAUUGGGGGAGAAGCAGUUGCAAGUUUUUUAGCUUAUAGUUACCUACAUUCUGAGCUCUUCUUAACUAAUCCUGAAUAUGCAAUUGACCAUUAUAACCAGCCGUAUUUUAUGCUCUGCAGUGAAAACGGAUUCCAGAAGCUCUGUUGAUAGUCCAUUCUGCAGCAAAUAAUCCUUAUGUCUAAUGUUGACUCAUUGCAGUUUAAACAUUUCUUAUUUGCAUCUCAGUAGAAGUUGAAAAUAACCACUCCUGGUCCCCUUCUAGUAAAAAUUUUCAUAUUUUUGAAGAUCGAUAUCUUUAGUACUUGUUCUUUGAAACCAUAUUCACCUGUCUCUACAAAUGUCAUUUUUAGUACUUUUAGCAUUUGGUUGUUUGCUAUUAGCUGUUCCCCAGUUUUCAAUAUUUACGUGUACAUGUAUGUGUUCAUGUAACUUGGUAUAGUAGUUUUUAUUCAUCCAACAAAUAUUUAUUGUUCACCUGUUACGUGUGCCAGGAACUUUCUUAGCCUUUGGGUAAAGGUGAACAAGGCAGAUAUGGUCCCUGCCUUUGCUGAGACAGCAGUUACUCUAUCCCGUAAUCAACUUAUUUUUCUGUGAAGGAGAUAAACAGUGUACUGUGAUAGAACAUAACAGAGGGACGGCUUCUCUAAGGAAGUGAUGCUUGAGCUAACGCUUGAUGGGAGGAAGGAGCAAGCUUUGUGGAAAGCCAGGAAAGAGAGGCAUUCCUGUCAAAAAUGACAUCAAAUGCGAAGACAUUUUAAAGGAAACUCGUUCGGUAUGAAUGCUUUAUAUAAACACCUCUCCACAGAUCCACGCUGGAGGGUCGGCAUGGUUCUGCAGAUUCUAACAGUGGAAGGUGGCCUUAUUCUGUGAUAGACUGCGUUGUCUGUCAUUCUCACUAAUAUUUCUUCCUCCUUGAGCCCUUGCUGUACAGUUUGUCAUUUGCACCACAUCAAUACCAUUUAAUUUAACAACCCCUUCUUUAGAUCUGCCUUGGGCAGAUUUUUGCCAUUGUCCUGGCUGCUUGCUUCCAGACGUCCUGCUGCCCGCUAAUUACUGCUUCUACAGCCCAUCUUGUGAUUCAAGUAUGUGUCCCACUGCCAGACCUACUGGAGAUAACCCGUGGAACCUCUGCCUUUUGGAGGUGUUCACUUAAAACCUGUAGUGAUGUUAGGGAACAGUCCUAGGGGCAUAGAACAACUUUGAAAGCGGUAGAAGGUCCUGGCAGUUACUCCUGUAUUGCUAUGUGAAGUGAAGCAGUGCCGCCCACAGAUUUCCAUAGUGGACCACGGCUCUGCCAUCAUGGUGGGUUCUUCUUGACAGUGUGAAACUGGGACUCAGCUCUUCGGAAGCAGCUAUCGUAUUGAGCAGUUUAUAUCUGUCGAGCAGUUGACUUCAUGGUAGUGAUUACAUUUAUGUGAAUAUGUUUAAUCGUAUUUGCUUUUUAAUGAGAUGUUAAUUUUUGCAUUCUGUUUUGUCUGCUGUGGCCUAAUUCUUGUUCAUUGUUUUUUUACUUUAUAGCGGCUGUUUUCAUUCUUCUAAGUGAUAAGAGGUCUUGAGUUUUGUCUUUCUUUAAAUUAGCGACAUUAUUUAGAAUUUCUCCUUCAUAGUGCUGGUAAUUUCCUCAGUUUAACAACAUGAGAACUGAAUGACCAUGCUUUCCAUCACAUUUCUAAGAUGAGUGGUGGUGUUCACAGAUUGCAUAGAGACACCUUAGGCUGGCUUAAGGCAUUAGAGGCUGGUGACAUUCCCUCUGACUUUGAUCUAACCAGUGGCAGCUUCAUUUUUAUUCUGUAUUGGAGUUCUACAUAGAUUUCUUUUUAAAAAAGAGUUUCGUUUCUUUAAAAAAAGAAGUUUGAAAAGUCUUGGUACCCACUGGUUAAGAUUUGAGAACAUAACUGAUGUUGGAAUAGCCCUGCUUGUGUUCUUUUCUCAUCCUGCUUUAAGAAACUUUCCUGGUUAGGUUUGAACUACACCAGUGUACUGAUUAUACAUUAUGAUAGACAUUCGUUCAGUAAGCUUUGAUGGCUGUUCUUUACCCAGCCACUGUGAUAGAUAUUGAGUAAUAAAAAAGAUGACAAUCAAGCUGUGCUUAGUCUUGUGGGGGCUACUUUCUCUCUUGGGACCUAUCACUUUUCUAGAAGGAAAUCUGCCUAAUUUUUCUUGAAAGCUAAAUUUUCUUAUUCUGUACUCUUUUUCUGUAUUCCAAAUAUAUGUUUUCAGAUUGUUUAAUAUCUAGUUUUUUGUUUGUUUUUUACCUUAAACCAUAUCUAGUUUUGCUUGGUUCAGACGUUGUCAGAUUUUCUUCCUUGUUAAAAUUACUUAAUUUUACUUUAUUUGUGCCUUUAUUGUCAGUUUCAUCAAGACUAAGACUUUGAAGGUGAAAAGCAGUCAGUCUAGUCUCUUGCUCGUUGAAAUCAAAUAAGAGAGUAUAUACCCAGUUGCUUUCUCUACCUCUUCCAAAAAUUGUCCAAAUAUACCUUUUAAGAUCUUAUUUUUUUUAAAUAACUAAAUACUUUGAGCAUUUAGUCAGUAAUAGGUACCCUCCAGGUCUGGUUGAUGGUGGAAUAUAAAGUAACACAAGACAGUCUUCACUGUACUUAAAAUUUGUCUUUAUGUACAGUCUUUGCUUUCAUAGUGGAACAUCCCAGUUUCAUAGUUGGCUUCCCCCAGCUCCAUGCCGUCCCUCUAGUAUCUCGCUAGAUAACUAAGUAGUCUGUGGACGUAAGCAACACACGAGCUUUUCUUUUGCUCUGACCUAAUGCAUUGAUGUUCAGACAUAACAGGCAGGUUAUUGUUCAUUUUCUUUCCUUCAUGAGCUUUAGUUUGUUAACUCUUUUAUGUUCAUCAACUGAAUUUUAUUCUUCCUCCCUUUCUCUUGACAACAUGUAUCCCUGGUGGUUUUGCUGGUUGCCCUUUUCCUUGCCAACCAUGUUUUAUCUGUGUACAUCAGAAUGUUUCUCUCCUUUUAACAUUACUAAAGACCAAAAAAGAUGGUGCUCUUCAUUCCCAAAGUCCUAAUUGCUUCACCAUUCAAGGUAUGUUGUUCAAAUUGGUCAAUCACUUAAGUCUUAGAAAUGGCUCAGAAAUUCUCUCCAGUUAAAUGUCAUUGUGACUAGAAAAUAGCAUAAAUCAUCAGAUUCUAUUUUAAAUUCUGUUUAGGAUUAUGAACUUUUCUGGCAGUUGCAGCCAAUGAUUUCCCUCCAACCCUAUUUUCAACUUGGAGCUGAUUGGAUUGUUGUGUUUAGUACAAUCAAGAGUAAUAAUGAUAGUAUGUGGUCUCUAGAGGUAGUCAGAAUCUUACUGUUGAGUUCCUUUUGUAUCUUCCUUUUCAAGUUUUCAUAAAUGUUUUGUCUGUUCAUACUGCCUUUUAUAUGUGGGGAUUGAGGGACAAAUUAUCUCUUGGGGUAAAAUUCCUGUGUUUUGAGCCUCAAUCAGGAAAUGUGAACUGUACUAGAUAUAGAUAGCCUCAUGACAGCCUUUAUGAUAAGAACUUAUCUAACAUGUUCACAUAAUUUCUUGAGUAGGAACUGUUUCAUCUUGGGUAUUACAGCUAACUUUAUAUAUAGCAUAACUGCCUUAAAUCUUUUUAGUAGGAAAUAAAUUUAUAAUUUGUGUGUAUGGAUUUAUAUAUAUACACAUAAUACACUCAGAAGAACCUUAACAGUAGGGAGUCAUUCAUCUGCAUACAUUUUAACAACGUUGAAUGAUUCUGUUUAGAUCUCACAUGUCAGUAAAAAAGUUCUUAAUUUGCUUGCAGACAUUUUCCUUUGAUGGGCAGACCAUCAGAGUAAUUUUUUUAUUCUGCCAGAGUCCUAACUGGUGGUUUGGUUAGUAUGCCGCUUUUAGGCAACUUGACAAUUAAGAAUCGUAACUGGAAUUCGUUGACAUCAAAUAAGGCUCUCCCAUAUAGCCCUGCAUUAAAUUACAUUCAGUGGUCUUUGGAAGGUACAAGCUUAGGGUUAACUGUUUUUUUUUUUUUUUUGAUAAUAUUAGAUUGCAGAUCUCCCCCCCCCCCCCAACACACACCCCCUUAAUUCUCUUCCACCUGGUGAAAGAUUGCUGCUUAAGAUACCCGGAAAGUACCACUACCGAAAGUCAAGUUCCUCCUGUAUUUAAGGGUAGCCUGACAGUGCUUCAGACCUGCCUGCCUUAGCCUUGCUCAGCAGGAAUGGAUUUCCAAAGUUCUUUGGGUCGUCUUUGAUUCACGGAGGAUCUGACCAGAGUACAGCCUAAGUGAACUUCAGUGUCAGUUGGUUGGCUGCCAUGAGAUCCAUAAUAAACCCAAAAUUUCACCAUUGAUUGAAAUGUAAGGGGCCCUUGGAAGAAUAAUGCAUCUGCGAUGGGAGUAAGAAGGAUUCAUUAUCUCCACCCAAAGGACUUUUAGAUUUUUUCCAAGAAUUUCUUAAAAAAUGAUAUUCUCUUACUCGCCAAAAAAACCCUCUUAAUUUCUCCAAAAUUUCCAGUUUGCUUUGUUGGGUGGAGGGUAGGGAUUUACUUCCUAUUUCUAACUAAAGAUGAUAAUUUCUUGAAGCAUGAAAUCCAUAAUAUAUUGAUUUAAAGACAAAAGUAAAGUUUUAGAAUUAUAAGAAAACUAUUCCAUUUCACACUCUUAACGUUGUUCUUUCUCCUUGUGGCUUUAAAGCUUUUGGCUGUUUUACAAUGUUAGUCACUAGAUAACUUGCCAUAUUUCUGGUUCUAUAUUAAGUUCUACCCUUUACAAUGCUGUAGCAUAAAGUUGGUGCUCAGCAUUUGUCUGUAGGAAUAGAAGUCUCACUAAAGUCUCUUCUUCCAAGGAGAUUUUCUUUUUCUCAGUAAGUCACUAAGAAAAUAUCUGUUUGUCACUCUCAUUAUUCAAACACUUGAAUUGCUCAAGCAAAAAAAAAAUGGUGAGGAAGAAGAGGGUCCUUUUCUGGUGAAUGUAUGUACCUGCUUUAAGAAUGUAGUCAUUUGUUGGUUCGUGUAACUAAUAGAACGGAUUAAUUUAAAUUGGAAGAGAUAAUUAUCACAUAUGUAGCAGAUAGGUAACAUGAAUGGUUUUUAAAUUUUUUUUUAAAAACCCUAUUUCUUGACAAAAUGCAGAACCCAAAUAGGUCAUUUCUUAGACCAACUUUACCUCAGGCUUCUUUUUUGCUUUUUUGACCCUGACUUUAAAGCAUAAAUAUUUGUAUCUUUCUAUUAGUGAUAGUGAAGCUGUGACACUAACCAUUUUUAUACAAGAGGGCAAAACAAGAAAAACUGUAGAGAUUAAGAUGAAAGUAGUUCCGCAGUUGUUGAACUAGAUCCCAGCAUUGCAGGCAAAACACGUUCAGAUCUGAGGAUGUUGUUUUGCCGUCUUUUCCCAAGGCCAGGCCUUCUGGCGGAGCACACUUAAAAGUAGCAUAAUUUGGGGCCUUUGUAAUCCACGGGAAAUAUCUCCAGUUGGCAGCCGUCUUUUCAGUAUAUGAAGCAAGAAUGUGGGAAAAGGUUGGCAGAGAGUGUUUUCACCUAAAAAAAAGAAUAUGAAAAGAUGUAUAAAACUGGAUUAUUCAUUUAGCUCUGGGAAUCUCAAAAAAGAUACAGUAAAAUGCUAUUUAACCGGACAAACCCAGAAGAACCUUUAGAGGAUUUGUCUGAAAACAGGUUUCAAGCAUGAACUUUUCUACACUACUCACAAAUUUGCUUAAGUGAUACCAACUGUUCUUAAAAUUGACACCGUUAAAUAAGAUAUUUAUGGACUCCUAGGAACUAGCUGUUAGCAAAUGUCCUAAAAAUAUUUUUGAGCUGAUGCCCUCAUAGAUAGCCUUGUGCUUGUGAAAAUUCUUAGCCUUUUUCUAGUGAUACUAAGGAAGGAGUGAGUGGUGUUCUUGACCAACUGCCCUAGUGUGCCUGGGACUGAGGGGUCUCCUGGAUGCAGGACUUUCAGUGCUAAACCCAGGAAAGUCCCAGGCACCCCAGGAGGUGCCGAUCACCCCAGGUAUUCUUGUGAUUACCGUCAUUCCCUAAACGUGAUAGUUACAAUUCAAUUCAGCUGCCCUGUGGUUGUCAACAUUUCUGAUACUUGGUUAUGCACUGUCCAAUCACUUAGUCCUGUGGAUGGAACAUGAGAUUUGUAACAAAUAAUAGCUAAUGGCACCUAUGUGGUGGUGAGACUAAGUAAUCCAGGGAAGGAAACCAGUGAUUUAAUGAAAUAGAGAAGAGGCAGCUAGAUAGCUAAGUUCUUCAGAAUCUGUGUGUCUAUGUAAGUACAAGUCACGUCUUUAUGGCGAUAAAUUGAAUCCGAAUUUCAAAUUUUUCACAGUUAAAGAAAACAGUGGUGGUGUGGAUUUCUUCUCUCUUGAGGGAAAAUAUGGCCUUGGAUGCUCUAUCCUCCACUACAUUCCCCAGACUAUCCUGCUCAAGACUAGAAUGUGGUAUUAUAUUUAUUCUCAGUGGAUGUUGUAUUGAGAUUACUAAAUGCAUCAGCCAGUGGCAGGUGAUGGAACUGGCUGUCCUGAACCAGACUGAGCAGUGCCCCUCACUUCUUUUCCGAUAGCCUCCUACUGUCAGGUGCUUACCCAGCCAGAACCCCAACCACAGGAGGUGAGAUUUCCUAAUACGGCAUUAAUUUUGUAAUGCAAUACGAUGGAUGCAGUCUGCUCUCGUUUCCCUGUGGUAGUCCUCGGAGACUGCAUCCUCUGUGCACUGUGAUGUAGAUGGUAGAUGUGUUCUUUGUAAGCUUUAAUCCUAUGAUUGUCAAAGUGCGAUGUGGUUCCAUUUUUUUAAUUAAACAAUGAGCUGAGGCUUUAUUACAGCUGGUUUUCAAGUUAAAAUUGUGAAAUACUGAUUUCCUUCCCCCACCCACACCAAAUAUUUUAGUCUAUUUAAAGUACAAGAAAAAUAGUUCUACUUAAGAAAACAUUGCUUCAAUGUCCUGUGAUUUCUGGUCAAUUUUUAUAUAUAUCUGUGUGUGUCUGUCUGUGCUCUCACUUUUUACCUUGUUGCCUCUUUACCUGUGUCAACAGUACUUUCACCAUUGAAAGGUGAACAUUUUUUCCUAGCAUUAAAAAAAGCCAUUUGAGUUGUUUACCAUGUUAUUAUGGGACUAAUUUUUAAUUGUUUUAAUUGAUUUUGAUUUAAACUGGUCUUUUUUUUAGAAGGGAUUAUAUUUUACUGUCCACACCCUAAAUUAUAUGGAAACAAAAAAAAA